AUGAAUUACAGCGGUCUAUAUACUCCGUACGCAGCAUUCAAUCAACUUAUCAUCUACCCUUGUUAUUCAUCUCCAGAUAAAGAUACCAACGGCCCGGAGACAGUUCCCGUUGUUAGUGUAGCGGUACCGCAGGCUAUUGGCGCCGUUGUCUCAGGGGUCCAUAGGAGACACGGGCCACCGAGACGCCAGUACGUGGUUACAGAUUUGAUCCGUACUCGUAUCAGGAUUGGAUCCAUCUCGCUCAGGUUCGCUCCGGCUACAGACUCAAUCACUCACAUCGUAUGGUCCACAGAUCAAUUUUCUAGCCGCGCCAUGUCCGAAGCGCCCAGCCUGUCGAGCCAGUCCAGCCAAGCCAAGAGAGUUCAGUUCAGUCAAGUGCCCCUUGGGAACUUUUCAGGGGGCUUUCCCUUAAAGCUCAGGGCUGGGCUCCCCAACCUCACCUCCACACCACUACAAGCACCCCUGAAGACCCUCACUCCCAACGGGCUUGAAGGUCGCAUCACCAGAACCAGUCCCAGUCAAGGAUUGGUUUGGUUUGGAUUCAGUCAAGACGGGACCUUCAAGGUCGUGUCCUUUUCCAUCCCAUACGCCCCAAUUGUUCGCCACCCCAGCAUCCCAUCCCUCUUCUACCCCUUCAUCGUAGCGAAGGCGCCAGACGACCCCGCGAAGAACAAACUAUCGGACUGGAUCCGACUUUACGAUACCGAACGAGUCAAUAUGAAUUUCACAAAGAAGAUUGACCGAGCCUUUCAAUGGGCCGGUGAAAAGAUGGGUGGUGAAGCCCGAACGGCUCAUUCUGAUGAGUUCAAGAAUCUCGAGACCGAAAUGGCUCUCCGUCAAGAUGGCAUGGAGCGCAUGCAACGAUCUAUGAGCGGCUACGUCAAAUGGUUGUCCCAGCGCAAUGAGCUUCUGGAUAACAAGGAGCGCGGCACUCCCAUGGCGGCUCUUGGCCGUACAAUGGCUACCCACGGCGAGGACUUUGAGCAAGAGUCCGAGUUCGGAAACUGCCUGUUGUCCUUGGGUCGCGCCAACGAGCGCAUUGGUGGCAUCCAAGAUUCCUACGUAGACUGCGCCAAUGCUACUUGGCUGGACAACCUCGAGAGGAGUCUGGCGAUGAUGCGAGAGUACCAGAACGCCCGCAAGAAGCUUGAGAACCGCCGUCUCGCCUACGACGCCAGCACCAACAAGCUGCAAAAGGCCCGCCGUGACGAUUUCCGCAUCGAAGAAGAAGUUCGCAUGAACAAGGCCAAAUUCGAGGAGACCAGCGAGGAUGUCCUUCGUCGUAUGCAGGACAUCAAGGAAUCCGAGGUGGACAACAUUACAUCCCUGACUCAAUUCCUCGACGCUGAGCUCGAUUACCAUGAGCGCUGCGCCGAAGAGCUGCGUCGUGUUCGCCAGAACUGGGCUGGAGCUUCGUCUUCGCCUACCAGCGCUCCCAAGAUCGGUCGCAGUCGAUCAAACACCGCUCGUUCUUGGCAAGAACCUCGUCAUCAGGCGGUCUACGAGGAGCCAGAGGCUGAACAGGAACCCGCUCGCAUUCCCAACCGUUCCCCUGGAAGCCGUCUUGCGCCUCCCCCUCCCCAACCUGCACGACCCCCGAUUGGACGCGCCUCGACAUUUGAAGGCCGCUCCUCAUCUACAGCUACACCACUGGCCAAUCUCAGAGUUCCAGGUGCUCCUCUUGCUCGCGUUGCUACUGACGGCGGUUCAUACGGACGCCAUGACGAUGUAUUCUCUGAUGAUGUUUCAACGAGCAGAAGCGGCAGCCCUGACUGGGAACACCGUGCUGCCAGCCCUGCAACUAGCUAUGGAAGUCUAAGCCGAAGCACAAGCGGUCUGGCUCUUGGAAAGAAGCCACCGCCUCCCCCUCCCAACCGGGCCAAGAAGCCCCCGCCUCCUCCUCCUGCGAGAAGGGAGAACUUGGGAUAUUGA